UGCGCUGCGCCACAGUCGCCGCGCGUCUCCCGAGCCGCAGACAUGUCUCGCCGCUGCUCUCCUCCGCUGCUGCUGCUCGCUGCCGGCCUGCUGCUGCUGCUACUGCUUCUGGCUGCGGCAGACGCCUCCCAGCGCAAAUCCUACCGGGGGUACCUGCUGGUGCGCACGGCGCCCGUGGAGGACGCUGCCCGCCUGGCCGCGGUAUCAGCCCUGGACUCCGUCCGUGGCGUCCUGGUGUUGUCCAUGCCGUCGCCGCAGCGUGGCGCUGUCAUCGCCGUGGCGCCCCACUCAGCAGAAGACGUCAGGGUCCGCCUGAGCGCUGCCGGCGUCACGUACACAGUCGAAACCGACGACCUCGAACAGUUACUGGAACGAGGACGUUCUCAAACCAGGAACCUGGCUGAGCUACCGCAAGGGGGGGUCUCGUUCGACAGAUUCAUGACGCUUGACGAGAUCUACGCCUACUUGGACACUCUGGCUACGCAGUAUCCGGACUUGGUGACGCUGGAGACUAUCGGGCAAAGCACGGAGGGCCGCGACCUCAAGCUGGUCAAGGUGGUUACCGCCAGCUCCGACAGCGAUGCGGCCAAGCCUGUCAUCUUCAUAGACGCAACGAUCCACGCGCGCGAGUGGCUGGCGCCGUGCGUGGCCCUGUACACGCUACAGCAGCUGGUGGAGAACAGCACGGCCUCCGCGUCGCUGCUGCAAGCCGCCGACUGGUACCUGCUGCCCGUGCUCAACCCGGACGGCUACGACUACACCCACAAUACCGAUCGUCUGUGGCGGAAGACACGUUCAUACCAAGGCAGUGACGACCCUGACUGUAUGGGAGUCGAUGCAAACAGGAAUUAUGACUUCCACUGGGGAGGUGAGGGCUCCAGUACCGACCCGUGCUGGGAGACGUUCGCUGGACCUUCGCCCUUCUCAGAGCCAGAGGCGCGCAACCACGCCGCAUUCCUGAGGGCCAACAACGACUCCAUCAGCCUCUACCUCACCCUGCACUCUUAUGGACAGCUCUUCCUUUACCCGUGGGGCUGGACGACGGAUUAUCCUGACAACGUAGAUGAACUGCACGCCCUGGGCAUCACGGCGACCGCUGCGCUGGCUGCAGUACGCGGGACCCAGUACACCGUGGGCAGCUCCGCCAACGUCCUCUAUUUCUCUUCCGGCUCGAGCCGUGACUACGCAAAGGGCGUGCCGGGCGCGCGCUUCUCGUACACUCUGGAGCUUCCCGAAGGGGGAACGUCGGGGUUCGACCCGGAGCCCUCGGCCAUCUGGCCAGUCGUCACGGAGACCUUCGAGCUCAUCAAAGUCCUGGCCGACGCCGUCUCAGGGCAGUGGCAGCCCCCUGCUACUAGCAGUUAGCGUAGCUGCUUGGUCUGAGGCAGCUAGGACACAUGCAUGUAUCUGUCAGAACGCUCAUAUCCUAACAGCGAGGUUAAAAUAAAUGAAUUAAGAAAGCUGCAA